CGAUGAGAAUAAAAACAUAAUUAAAGCAGCAUCGUUUGAGGCUUUUGAAUUAUUCGUCAUUGAGUCCUCAUUAUUUCGACGUAUAUCUGAAAAUGAAUGAAUUGGAGAAAAAUUGCGAAGCAAAUGAAGUUUUUCUCCGCCAAGGAGAUGGUUUGAUGCGCGUUGAAAAUUUGACGAAUUGCAAAAAUGCCGUUUGUAUGAUACACUGCGAAACGAGAUGUCUUCAAACAGGCAAAAAGAUUUUGAGAAAAGGAUCUGGAUUUUAUGUCAAAGCUAAAAUAUUCAACACUGCAUACAAAUGUGUUAUCACAAAUCACCAUGUUGUGAGCUGUGAAGAAAAUGCUAAAGGCUCCAUCGCAAUUUUUCACUGUGAAAGAGAGAACCAAGGUUGUCUAGUUCAAUUGCGACCAGGCAAAUUUUUUCGUACGAGCCAGUAUCUUGAUUACUCAGUUAUUGGCAUUGAAGAAAAUGAACUUGCUUCACUUUCACCUUUGAUUUCUCCUAUUGAAUACAUCGAGAAACUUCCAGCAAAGAUUGAUGAUCAAGUAUUUAUAUUUUAACAUCCUUUGGGAAUGCUAAAACAAUUUAGCCACGAAAAAAUUAUCCAUAUCGAACCGCCCUUUGUAUAUUAUGUCACGGAUACCAAUUGUGGAUCAUCUGGGUCACCUGUGCUCUGGAAACUGCAGCUCUUAGCUAUUCAUCUUUCAGGCGAUCAACAAAAUGGUUAUAACAAAGGGACGUUAUUUGAUGCAAUUAUCAAUGAUUUAUGUAAUGCAUGGAACUUUGGUAAUUAUUUACUAUAUUUCUCACUUGGGCUGUCAAAGAUGGCAGCCGUGUGGUUGCCGGCUUAGAAUUGCGCCAACGUAUCCUC